AUGGACAGAAAGUCUGCUAGAAUAAAAGCAGAGUUGCAAAGAUAUGGUUGGAGAGUUUCGAAGAAGUUUAAAUAUAGGAAGGGAAAGCCAAUAAAAGUCUAUGACAAACUGGCUGGUCUGACCUACGAAUUAGAUUUGGAAACAGCACGUGCCAAUUAUCCAAACAGACUAGAGAGGUUAGAAGAAGAACGUCUUAUGAACAUGCCUUUCGAUGUUAGUGAACCUCAAGUUGAAGGACACGACGGUUUGACACAUGCCCUAUGUCAUUUUACUCAGAAUUUUGUGCUGAAUUCAGCAAAAAUAAUUUUUAGGGUAGAUGGGUAUAUCUAA